ACGCGAAACGAAGCGAAGAAAACGCCGGCGCCCCCGCAGCCAGACGCUGGAAGCGCCGGAACGAACGAACGCGCGGCGCCACCACCCACAUCACUGCCCUGCCGUCGUAGCCCAGCCCCACCCACCCAGCGCCGCCCGCCCACGCCACCACGCGGACCGCAGCCGCGCCGCAGCUGCUCACACACACAGGGCAACAGACGCCUCCUCCAUCCCCACGCGAGCGGACGACACGACGCGGCCAUCGCCGCACGUUGAGAUCCCCUCCGCUCCUCCUCUCGAUGGUCUCCGCCAGCGCGCCGCCGCCGCCGCCGCAGGCCCAGUCCGACGCGGCCGGGUCGGGGGAGGAAGCCAGCAAGAAGGUGCGGAAGCCGUACACCAUCACCAAGUCGCGGGAGAGCUGGACGGAGCAGGAGCACGACAAGUUCCUCGAGGCCCUGCAGCUGUAAGCAGGAGCAACCCCUGACAUGGGUUCCAUUUAUUUUGAUUGAUGCGGUUCACAGGCCUAAAGCGUCGGGCUUUGUGGUGUUUUCUGUCUUUUUGAUGCGUUAAUUAUGUCGUUGUGGAUUUUUACUUUUUAAUGUCUUGAGAAUUUUUCUAAAGGUAUGAAGCAGUCGUAAUAAAUAAUCGGUGCAGCUGUUUCUUCACUUAUUUGGGAUUUUGCUAUCAUUUGUUGUAACUCGAUUUCUUCUCGUUUAUGGUUUCAAUCUAGAACUUUACAAUUAAUCGAGGGUUUCCUAGUCCUUUUUAGGUCCAACAUAGGGAAACAAAUUAUGUGUUGAGGCAGUUCAGCUACUGUGAUUCACAAGCUGAAUAUGGAGUACAGCUUUGACCGUGACUGGAAGAAGAUAGAGGCUUUUGUUGGCUCCAAGACCGUCAUCCAGAUUAGGAGUCACGCACAAAAGUACUUUUUGAAGGUUCAGAAAAAUGGAACCAGUGAACAUGUCCCACCUCCACGACCAAAGCGAAAAGCUGCCCAUCCAUAUCCUCAGAAAGCUUCCAAGAAUGAACCAAACUAUGGUCUCAAGACAGAUUCAUCUUCCAUACAUAGGAACUCUGGCAUGAAUGUGUCUGUUUCUUCAUGGCCUCAUAGGUCUAUCCCGCAAGCUGUUGCUUCAUCGAUGGUGAAAGAAGAUUUAGGUGCUGGAACACUAGGUCCAAACAAUUUUUGCUCAAGCAGUACUGAAGGCCCUCCAAGAACUUGGCAACCUGGUGAAACAAAUGGUCCAAUAAAUCAAAUUCCGUCACUCCGCCUUAUGCCGGAUUUUGCGGGAGUGUACAGCUUCUUAGGUAGUGUUUUCGAUCCAAGCACAAGUGAUCAUCUGCAGAAACUGAAGGAGAUGAAUCCAAUUGAUGUUGAGACGGCGCUGUUGUUGAUGAGGAAUCUCUCCAUCAAUUUGACCAGUCCUGAUUUUGAAGAUCAAAGGAAAUUGUUGUCUUUAUAUAGCGCUUCUGAUGGACCUGAGCUAGGGAGCUCCAGGAGUUCGGCUCUAGCAACGAGUGCACCUUUCAUGUAAGGAUUAAGGGUGGAUAGUGUGGCCAGGUCUGUCCGCAUAUAAUUUCAGUUGGACAGACCUCAGGAUGGUGCCCUGGCGUAGCACCGAUGAGUGACGAAGGAGGCGCCUGCACCUUUUCGCUUCUCGCUAGCUUCAUGACUGCUGAUUGUGUAAGGGUGCGGCCAUGAAAGGUGAGAUUGGUCUGCGGUCAUGAAAGGUGAGAUUGGUCUGCGGCCUGAUGUGUAUAUAAAAUUUUUGCCACGAAGGAGGCGCCUGCACCUAUCCCAAAAGCUCGGCCAUCUAGGGCAUUGGAUGCUGCUUCAGUUCAGAUAAUCAAGGCUGUCCUUGGAAAUGGGACGAGAGGAAAGAUCCCUUCCCCAUUCGUUGAGUUCAGUUCUCUGAUUGGUUUCUUGCUGCCCUCUUGAUACGGGGACCUGUGCGCCAUGUGGCCGUCUCGCUGUUUAUGUGGGCAAGUUUCACUUGAGGAGUUGAGAGGGCUUGAGGCGAUCGUGGUUUUGUAGAGCAACGAGUGCACCUUCCGAAUAUUCCUUGUUCCUGUGUGAAUCGUCUAUAUUGCAUCAGGCGUCGUUGCCAUUGUGUAAAAGGGAAAUAAAAUCACAAUGUAAAGGAUACACUACCAUUUGAAUUGUAUUCAGUAUCGAAGCAACCUGGCGACGAGUUCAUUGCAAGGGUGGAUAUGUUAUUUGAA